AAGUGCAUCCAGUUUAUACUCUAUUACUACUAAUACCCCUGGACUCAAUCACAAGUAUCCAACCUCUCCGAGAGCCGCGGUCCAACAAUUCAACGCCACGACAGACAAGCAGCGAUAAACAUUCUGUCAAUUCAUCCUUCGUGCUUUAUUAUUACUGUUAAUUUAUUCCACAGCGCAGAAACACGUUUUUCUCGCAUAAUCUGACGUCUGCCAUUCAUAUCUAGCAUAUUUGUUUAUCUGCGCGCGCAGUGACAGCUCCGAAGUCCGGGGAAGAAGCUUUUGCCCUUUCAUUCUUCUCCCUUCGACGUUUGGAUACUGGUGUUUCUAUAUAAGAUACUCGGAAAUCCUACCAAUACUCGAUGCUUACCGCAUGAGCCUAUUAUCCAUGCCAGUCACCGCCGGAUGAGGAUACCCGGAGUUCGAGUUCGCAUUGAACCUACCUAGCAUCAUGUCGGAUUCCGUUGAUCGCGUCUUCGUCCAUGCCUUGAAUACCGUUAAACGAAUCCCCCGGACGGGCACUGCGCGCCCUCCGACGGCGGAGCGAUUGAAGCUAUAUGGAUUGUACAAACAAAGCAUGGAAGGAGAUGUGGAAGGAGUCAUGGACCGUCCCGUCGGGAAUACAACAGAUGUCUACGCGGAGUGCGAGAAAUGGGACGCAUGGUUCGCCCAACGCGGCGUUUCGCGCACAGAAGCCAAACGCCGCUACAUCUCCACCCUAAUCGAAACCAUGCAUCGCUACGCGUCGCAAACCUCCGAAGCGCGCGAACUUGUCGCAGAGCUCGAGUUCGUCUGGGACCAGAUCAAGACCAACACCGCACACAUGCCGCUAUCGUCGCCAUCGUCACCUGGGUCAGGGAGUCAUGGGAUGUCGCAUACACAGAGGGUUGGGGUUCCGCCGUUGUCGCCGCCGGAGGUACGGCAGUCGCAGUUGCAGGCGUAUUCACAGUCGCGGCUGCUGCAGCAGCAACAACAACAACAGCAGCAGCAGCAGCAACAGCAGCAGCAGAGGGGCUAUGCGAAUAUUGGGGGACGAUUGGCGCAGCCGUAUGAGGAUAUGGUUGCUAUUGCUACUGCAAAUAAUGGGAGGGAGUCGUCGAGGUUACGGGUGUUGAGCCCUGUUAGUCAACCAGAUGAGAUAUACCAGCGACGGGGGAGGCGGAUGCAGGGUUACGAGGAUAAUGGGAGUCAAGGGCAGCACCUCGAUGACGAGGAUGAGGAUGAGGAGGAGCAGUACGAGGAGGCGCAGGAUACUCUUUAUGACGAAAACGACGACAAUGAUCAACAUCACAGCAAACACACCUCCGAUGAGGAGCUCAACCAAGAUGGUGGAGACUCGUCAUCCUCCGUCCAACAACACCAAGGCAGCAAACCCUCCCAUAGCAACCAUAACAACAACGACAGCACCCGCAAAAGAAGCAAACCAUCAGACACCCGUCGCUGGCGACGCAGAGUCGAGCAGGCCUUGACUAAGAUGACAGCUGAAAUUGCCGCUGCCCGCGAACAAAUGGAAAUCCGCGCCAUCCAACACCGUCGCCGCAACAGCGCCUGGGCCUGGUUGAAAUGGCUGGCAUGGGUAACGUUGCGGCAGGUGCUGUGGGACUUGGCGGUGUUGGCGAUGCUAUUAAUAUGGAUGCGGAUUAAGGGGGAUAGACGGGUAGAAGAGAAGUUGAAGAAGGGGUGGAGUGAAGUGAGGAGAAGAUUGGGGAGGUUGAGGAUGGUGAGAGGGCAUUCUGGGGUUAUGUUGCCGUAAUAUCUCUUGCAUGGUUUCUUUUGUUAUAUACCUGUACUCUGGCCAUUCAUUAUAUUUCCUUGGUUAUAUUAUUAUAUUCUAGUAUAUAAUUGGAGGUUAUUUGUAUAUUGUCAUCGUUACCGAGAUAAACGUGAUAUUCUGAUAGACUGAAGCACUCAAACCCAUACCAUUGAUGCUAAUAUAUACACAAACAUAAAGUGCCCAGAACCAGGAAAAAGAAACCGAGUAAAAAAAAAAAAAAAAAAAAAAA